CUACUAUAUGUCCCAUGAUGACGAACAGAAGACUGUGACUGCUGUGUGACCACAUCGCCUACGUGAGGUUAUCUUCACUUCCUUCUCUUUUACUAUUAUAUAUUUUCUUUGGGACUAAAAGACACAGAACACAAUGGUCAUUUAUUUAAAUUCCUAAUAACACAUCUUCCAAAUUCUCAACGUGGUUUGGGGAACAAAGCAGUGAGUCCUUUACAUCACUUAAACAUUCAUUUGGAUACGCCAUUUAUACAAAAAUGGUACUGUGCAAAUCCAUCACAAAUGCAAGCAUGCACCACAGUACAUAUAAACAUAUCAAACCCGUACCACACACACACACACCAUCCGUCAAAGUCAAUAACUCUUCCCCCCUUCUUCCCUUUUUCAAUGUUUGGUAUUUUCCAUUUACAAAGAAAAAUUCUUACACAUGCAUGCAUUUUUAGGACAUCAACAUUGACCAUCCAUACGAAAACAAGUUUUCGUUACGAUUGAACUUGAUCUUGAACUUGGACAAAUGUUGACAAACCUAUUACCAAAUAUAGAAAACAGCACUGCAUUAUUCAAUUCUUCGUCUUCUAUAAAUUACAUGGACAGGCACUCCAACAAGGAUAGUUUGUAAAAGAACAUUGAAGAGAAAACAGGGCUAAGUUAAAACUCAAGAUGAAGAUAUUCGUGGUAUUUUUGCUGUUGAUUCAAUACAUUUGGGCUGCAAGUGUUUUGAUGCCCUUAACAACGGUUGUACGCACUCCCCAACAUGACACCGCCAUUGUGGAAAGUUCAAGAGUUAAUGGAAAUUUUGCCUAUCGCACUGUUGAAGGACAUGCCUACGAAACGCUGACACCAUUGAUUGGUCAUGUAAUUGCUCCGGAUCCCCUAACACCGGUGGUUAGUUAUGUCUAUGUCGAAAAUUAAUGGAAAAUAAAGUGUGCAAUCAAUUUUUAGAUUAUCUGAAUGACA